UCUGUGCUGUCUUCAUUUUGUUUUGUUCUUAUUUCAAAUAUUUGUUUGAAUUUUAGGAGAGGAAAACUAGCUGCAAUUUUAAUUCUUGGCAGGGUUUAGCACGGUGGUUAAAUAUUAAGUCAGUAAACGGACUUGGAUUCUUAGCUGUUUGGAAUAUUUUCUUAAUAAAUUAGCUUGGAUUUAUAACAAUGGGUGACUACAAGCUACUCAAUAAGGAGUUAGUUGAUGCUAAUAGAGAAUUAAAACAAACCAUUACAACAUAUCAAAAUGAAUUGGUUUUAACGCGUGCAGAGUUAAUGGAACAGCAUCGUAUACGUGUUGAGGGCGAGCGCGAAUAUCGUGAUCGUGUACUUUCAUUAGUAGCACACAAUUUUAUGGCAUUAAUGCGUGAUAUCGAUGCCAACGUAAAUGUACCAGAAUUACUAGGCUGUAUCAGUUGUGGACAAAAUGCAAAUUACACUAAUGGCUCCAGUGCUAAAAGUGAUAGCAACAGUUCCAGGCGUAGAAGCACACAUAUUGUCAGAGAAUUUCGUCGUUCUAGUGCAGUGUCCCGCCAAAAUAGCGUACGAAUGUCGCCAACACGGCGACCAUAUGCCAGUCAUGCUAUUAUUGAGCAAACUGAAACAAGUAAAUUAGAAGAAUCUGAAUCUGGUAGUGAUAUGGAUUUAGAUAACUCAAUAAACAAAGAUAAUGUAAUUGAUGUGGAACUCGAAGAGAGCUACGAAAAUGCAGAUUUGCAUUGCAUUAAGGAAGCUAGUGAAGAAGAAUGUGAAGAAAAUGGUGGUGGUAAGAAGUGUACAGUAGUUGAGAAACGAAAUAGACAACCAAUCAGAGAUAUAUCCAAUAUUAAUAUGGAUCAAGUCGAAAAUAAAGAAAAUUUUGUAACAAGACGUGGAAAAGGGCGUAAUCUGUGCAGUGACAAUGAAAAUUCUAUAGAAAUUCCACGUAAUGUGGAAAUUGGUGACAUGGAAGUGGAGGAUGAUUUGAUACAUGCAAUGAACCAUUCGUUACGUGUUUCAGGGAGCACAAUAACAGAUAAUAAUAAGUGGAAGGCUGUUGAUGAAGAAAAUUUUAAACGUCAUGUUGUGGUGAAAGUUAAACGUAUGCAUGCACCACAACCGGCAGUGAUACAUUUUAGCACUGAAAACACACUUAUGCCAGAAUAUGAGAUUUCAGUUGAAAACAUAAGAAAUGAUGAGUUAAGUUUGGGUUUAACCCAAUUUUCUAUGGGUAAUUUCUUGGAAGCAUCCUGCAGUACACCAUGUCAUGGCAUAAAAGCAGCAAUGGCAGAGGCAACGAAUGAUGAAACCACAUGCGGUAGCUCAUGUAGUUUGUCAUCACCGACACCAAGCCUAUGUGGUCGGCCAUCACGCAGAUGUGCGCCAACAACUUUAGCAGAACCUAGUUUAAGAGCAAAACUACGGAGUGACAGUGGCAAAAGAAAAGGCUCAACGAAGAAGCGUUAAAUAUUAUUAUUCAUUAAAAACUUAGGUAAUAUUCUUUAAAUAAUAUUAUUAUAUUUAGUUAUUAGUAACACUCAUGGUACUUUGAAGUAUAUUUUUGCAGUUAUGUUGUUUUAGCUGCAAUUGAAAUUCUAGGGAGAAUUCAAGCAAUGAUCAUUCAAAUUUCUAAUAUGAAUACAGAGCUCCAUGAUUGAGCAUAAAACAAAGUGAACUGAUUUCAUUGCUACAUAUCAUAAGAAAUUUAUUUUUAUGCGUGCAUAGUUAAUAAACCAGCACCGUAUACUUGUUGAGACAGAUCAUCACUAUUUUUUUUACGUAAAAGCGCGUUGUUUUGAACGGUGGUUUGAAAAUAUGUACAAGACGUCAGCAUGUUUUAAUUAAGCUCAUUAUAGGUAAUAAAAACAUUGAGUAUCUAAAAAUGAA